AUGGCGCUCCCAGUCAAGUCUGCUGGAUCCGUGAUGUCAGCGAGCCUUCGCCUUGUGGCUGUUCGAAACUCCAGCUCAAAACCCAAAGUUGCUGUUCUUGGCGCAUCGGGGGGCAUUGGACAACCGCUAGGACUUCUUCUCAAGCAAGAUCCACUCAUCGCGCACCUUUCUCUCUACGAUGUGGUCAACACUCCCGGAGUGGCCGCCGAUCUUUCACACAUCGACUCCAACGCCAAAGUUAGUGCUCACACUGGCCCUGCUGAACUUGCCGCUGCGGUUGAAGGAGCUGAUGUGAUUGUUAUUCCUGCGGGCGUCCCUCGCAAACCAGGAAUGACCCGAGAUGAUCUUUUCAACACAAACGCAGGAAUUGUUCGUGAUUUAUGCCAAACGAUCGCAAAAGUUGCACCAAAGGCCCUUGUGGCAAUUAUCACCAAUCCGGUCAAUUCAACUGUCCCAAUUGCUGUUGAAGUGUUCAAGAAGGCUGGAUCUUAUGAUAAGCGUCGGAUUUUCGGUGUCACCACUCUCGACGUUGUUCGCUCGCAAGCUUUUGUCUCAGAUUUGAAGGGAACGGAUGCUUCAAAGACUGUUGUUCCUGUUGUUGGUGGGCAUGCAGGCAUCACAAUCAUCCCUCUUCUCAGUCAAACAUCGCCAAAAGUUUCCUUCACCCAGCCGGAGAUCGAGAAGCUCACCCCAAGGAUUCAAGAUGCUGGCACUGAAGUUGUUAACGCUAAGGCUGGCGCGGGAUCUGCAACAUUAUCAAUGGCCCUUGCAGGAGCUCGUUUUGCAAACUCACUUUUGCGAGCUCUCAAAGGCGAGAAGGUUGUACAAUGUGCUUACGUUGAAUCUGAGGCUGUGAAAGGAGUCAAUUUCUUUUCGACGCCUUUGGAGCUUGGACCGAAUGGUGUAGAGAAAAUCCUUGGAGUCGGAAAGGUUACUCCUUUUGAACAAAAACUCAUCGAUGCCUCGGUCCCUGAGCUAAACAAGAACAUUGCAAAGGGCGUGAAAUUCGUCUCGGGC